UGUGCCCACAAAUUGUCAGGAAUCGUGCCAGUCAGUCCAGUCGGAGUUUAAUUCAGAAUCGAAAAGGUUUUCGUCGGCUUGAGAGCUUUGUGAAUUGUGAAAUUUUUUCGAUUUUUGUUAUUUGUUCGAAAUGGACCUGGACCUCCUUUCCAGUAAGGAGUCGUUGGACACGGGCACGUUCCAGAGCAAACCGAAGGCUGCUGCUUCGGCCAAGAAGAACGCGACUCCUGGGCGUGGCACCACACGCGGCGGCAAGACGACUCCUGGGCGUGGCACCACACGCGGCGGCAAGGCGACUCCUGGGCGUGGCACCACACGCGGCGGCAACGCGACGCCCGCAGCGGAGACCGGGGGACGUCCGAGUCGCAACAGCAGCAAGCAGAGCGCUCCUCCUGGUCGUCGCGCGAUUUCCCAAGGCCUGGACAACCCACCCGUCCGGGGGCGCUCUGUGGGAGGGUACUUGCUGCGCAGUCGCAGCGCUGUGUCGAUGGCCAGGGCCAGAGUGCUGAUCACAUCCUUGCCAGGCGAACGGCGGGAGGAGGACGCACCCCAAGGCCGCUGCUACGGACCGCAGAGACGCCGCUCGUACCUGGAUCUGGACCAGGAUCUGGCCCAGCUGAACUGGACCGGCCAUCAGGAGGAUGCUGGCCCACGCCACCCAUUCAGCGGCUCGGCUCGUCGCCAGGGCGGGCGGGUGGCGCCUCUCCACCCGGGCACCCGCAUGGAGCCCGCCGGGCAGAGCCACUCACAGGUGUCCGUGCCCCCCAUGGCACACUUCCGUCGGCUAUGCCGCGCUCUGGAUCGUCACUACAGUCCCCUGUCGCACUUCCUCGUGUUCCUGGCUGGGAUGCUGGCCACUCUGCUGUGCGUGGCCCUGACGCCCGCCAACCAAUAUCUCUAAAAAGACUUGCACUCGAACACUGAAAGGGGCAGCGGUUUCCACAACAGGCUGCAGAUACACCAUACACUACGCAAGAUACACGACACACGAUACCGAUACGUGCUUGAGUUCCAUCGCCGAUCGAAGACUGUUCUGCCCCACAAAUAUUUGCAUUGAAUAAACGAGGAGGAAUCUCCUCAAAGAAUUCCA